AUGUCUUUGCAAUACGAGAAACACUCUGCUAAUGAUGCGGACGCGGUUAAAAAGACUUGCUCGAAAUAUGGGUUGACAACUGAAGAAUUUAGCGAACUACAUCAGCGAGCUGUUGCCGCCAAAUCGACAGCUUACUGCCCAUAUAGUCAAUUUCGAGUUGGUUCGGCAAUCAUAUCUAUCAAUGGCGUCUAUUUCAGCGGAGCCAAUGUUGAGAAUGCAUCGUACCCGGUUGGAACGUGUGCUGAACGCGUUGCCUUCGGCAAGGCUGUUACCGAAGGACAACGGAAGAUGAAAGCUGUAGCUGUGUCAACCGAUAUAACUCCUCCGGCUAGUCCGUGCGGAAUGUGUCGCCAAUUCAUUCGAGAGUUUUGCGAUCUUUCCGUUCCAAUCAUCAUGUUCGAUAAGAAUGACGAUUAUAUAGCAUUGCAUCUUGAACAGUUGUUACCCUUGUCUUUUGGACCCGAAGCACUUCCUCCGCCGGGAUCACGCUCUGCUUGA